UGCCUUGGCCUCCCAAAGUGCUGGGAUCACAGGGGUGAGCCACCGUGCCCAGCAAAGUUGAAUUCUUUAGCUAGGCUCAGGUUAGAUAUCAGUGCUGGGGAAGAUGGUGAAGCAACAUAAACAUUGCUGGAAAAAGAGCUCCAAUAAUAUAUGUUUAAAUUAAUAACUUUUCUGAAAAACAAGAGUAAAAAAUAGUUUAAAACGAAGGUACAAGUUUUAAGGCUAAACACAGAGGGAUGGAACUAGAAAUUAAAAAAUGACCAAACCUACAGAAAAUAUUUCCAGAGAAUGAAAUGUGUGUGUUGCUUUGCUUUGUGCACAUCAAUGGAAGAUAUUUACCAGAAAGAAAAGGUGAUUUAGGGGUCCAACAGUAAAUAUUUCAGAUGAUUUUGGCAUGGAGGUAAACCUUAAGAGAUAUUUCUAACUGGUCUCUUCGGGAAGAUUCUAGAAUCAGUUUGAGUAAAUCAUUACAGAAAACUCAGUGGGUGAUCAACAUUCCAAUUCUGGGAGUCUCUUAUUUCCUUUUCUCUGUUCACAGAUGACACAGUUGAUGACCAGUGGGAAUCAGACAAUGGUGACAGAGUUCCUCUUCUCUCUGUUCCCGCAUUUGCACAGAGGCGGCCUCUCAUUCUUUAUUCCCUUGCUUCUCAUCUACGGAUUUAUCCUAACUGGAAACUUAAUGAUGUUCAUUGUCAUCCAGGUGGAUAUGGCCCUGCAUACCCCUAUGUAUUUCUUUAUUAGUGUCCUGUCCUUCCUGGAGAUCUGGUAUACCACAACCACCAUCCCCAAGAUGCUCUCCUGCCUAGUCAGUGAGCAGAAGAGCAUCUCUGUGGCCGGAUGCCUCAUGCAGAUGUACUUUUUCCAUUCACUUGGUAUCACAGAAGGCUGUGUCCUGACAGCAAUGGCCAUUGACAGGUACAUAGCUAUCUGCAAUCCUCUCCGUUACCCAACCAUCAUGACUCCCAAACUUUGUAUCCAGCUGACAGUUGGAUCCUGCUUUUGUGGCUUCCUCCUUGUGCUCCCUGAGAUUGUGUGGAUUGCCACCUUGCCUUUCUGUGGCUCCAACCAGAUCCACCAGAUAUUCUGUGAUUUCACACCUGUGCUGAGCUUGGCCUGCACAGAUACAUCCCUAGUGGUCAUUGUGGAUGCCAUCCAUGCAGUGGAAAUCCUAGCCUCCUUCAUGGUCAUUGCUCUAUCCUACAUCCGAAUUAUUAUGGUGAUUCUGGGAAUGCGCUCAGCUGAAGGUCGUCACAAGGCCUUUUCCACCUGUGCGGCUCACCUUGCUGUGUUCUUGCUAUUUUUUGGCAGUGUGGCUGUCAUGUAUUUGAGAUUCUCAGCCACCUACUCAGUGUUUUGGGACACAGCAAUUGCUGUCACUUUUGUUAUCCUUGCUCCCCUUUUCAAUCCCAUCAUCUAUAGCCUGAGAAACAAGGACAUGAAAGAUGCUAUUGGAAGGCUUUUCCACUAUCAGAAGAGGGCUCGUUGGACUGGGAAAUAGAUAUAGAUCCUGGAGAUCCUAAAAAGCCUCUUGGAAGAGCAAAAUGUCAGUGUUACUUAUCUUUUCCAUGUGUAUCCUCUUUUCCUAUUGCUGCAGCUACUUGUUCUAUUAUUUUUAAAAAGAAUGAUAAAAUGCUGUCUGCAGGCUGUGGAUGAGAAGUGGGUGGCCAGUUCACAUGAAUGCCUCUACCAUGCUGGUGAUAGCUGAAGCAGUAGAGAUGGACCCUCUUGCUUUUAGCACAGGUUGGCUUCCUCCUUGCACUAGCAACUAGGUUCCUGCUUGUCUCUUCAGUGAUCUGACAUGCUAGUGGGACCAGGAAGCAGAAUAGAAGAGGCAAGACAGACAUGAAAGUUCUGAAAGUUGCUGCUGCUAACUUCUCCAAUUCCCUUUCUGGAAAUGCAUCCCCUGUCAUUCAGUAUUCCAUUCAAGUAAAUCAUUUCUUGAUACUAG